GCAAUAAUUUUCAAUUGGCUAAAUACGUUUCUGAAAAAGCUGAUUUUCAAAGUCUCCGCAUCUUUGCUACGGCGUUUAAUUCUACCAAAAAAAUGGGGGAUUCAAACAAUCUUGAAGAAUCCUUGAAACCCUUUUACCAGAGAGCUUCAGAGGCUGAGGAACGAUUGGCAAGACUUGAAAUUUCAGUUGCUAGUAAGACAGAUCCUAAAAAUGAGGAAUUAGAGAGAACAGUUGCUGAACUCCAGUCAAAGCUGAAGGAUGUCACAGCUGAGCUAGAAGCAGAACAAGAAAAGGGACAUAAACAGGUCGAACAACUAACUUCAGAGAAUGCAAAGCUCAAAUAUCGUAUCAAACAUCUAGUUCAAUCGCUAGAGGAGGUUCUUAGCAAGUUGGCAUCGAAGUGAG